UCAUCGCGCACCACAACGACCUCGACCUCGACCUCGACGCGUACCUCCAUAUCUAAGCCCUAUCUGGAGCAACUCACCGUCGACGGUCUGGGCCCGGUGUACGAGAUCGGGCGUGUUUUCUGCAACGAGGGCGUCGACCUGACGCACAGCCUCCGAGUUCUCGGUCUGCAAGGACAUGUACGACGUCAUGGACAUCACUGAGAGCCUAAUCGAGGGUGCUGUGAAGCACCUCGCUGGCAGGAAGACGACGGUAGCGUUCCACCUCGAGGGCAGGGACAGCAAGAAGGUGCUCCAGCCGAAGCCGCCUCGCCCGAGCGUUCCAAGGCAUCGUCUCGAGAGCCCUUACCAGAUGAAGCAGGACUCUCAUGUAUUGACUACGCACCUCAUUGGAAUCCUACGUGUCCGAACGCCACAUGUACUUCCGCCGUGGUUCGCCGUCGAUAUUGUCGGAAACCUGGAGUGUACCAAGGGGAGCGAGCUCUCAAUCACCCCUUUUAACCUCGCCCGGAAUCUCGCCCGGAACCUCAUCCAGCUGCCGGUAACCCAAGGCCAGGAGACCCGCGACCGCAAGCGCUACUUGGACCUAGGCGUCAUCCUCAACGAGGAUACAAAGCACACCUUCAUCGCCUGCAGCCAAAUUGUCAACGGCAUCCGUCGAUUCUUCGAUAGCCUCCGCUUCCUCGUAAUCGAGACGCCCGUCAUCGCUGGUGGUGCAACCGUGAAGCCAUUUAUCGUGCAUCACAGCGACCUCAACCUCGACUCGUACCUCCGUAUCUCUCCCGAGUUCUAUCUAACGCAGCUCGUUUUCAGCGAGUUGGAUGGGGUAUACGAGAUCAAUCGUUUCUUCCGCAACAAGGGCGUCGACCUGACACGCUACCCCGAGCUCUCGAUCUGCAAGUCCUACAUGGCGUAUGCGAAUAUGUCCGACAUCAUGGUCGCCGUUGAGGGCCUGAUUGAGAGCCUCGCCAAAGAAUCUCACCAAGUGUCUGACAGGCGGGAAGGCGACUCUGACUUUCCACCCCGACGGCGAGAAGGUGUACGAGCUGGAUUCAAAGCGGUCAUGGGCGCGACACGACAUAUCCACGGCGCUGGAGAAGCUGAAUUUUUUUUUUUUUUGCCGGGGGAGCCGCUGCACACAGAAGAGGCAAAUGAGUCUCUGCGUAAGCUGUGCCAGAAGCAUAAUAUUGAACUCCGGGCGAAUCCAAGCUUGUCGGCGAGCUCAUCGAGCCUUAGUGUCUCCCCCGCUUUCUACGUCGGUCUCUCGCAGUUGAACGAUGCGUUGGAGCAACGGCUGUGGUUCGAGAAGCGGGCGAGGCGGAAGGAGCAGGGCGAUGUCGAGGAUAUCGGUGACGCCCUGGAGUUCCACUCUCGCCGACGAGCGGACGGUAUCGACCGCGGCCUGGCGGUGUUUCUGGCCGAUUCUGCCGAGUGGUCUUACUGGUCCCUGCGGGGAAGUCGAUCGAGACGGCGGCCAACAUCGUGCGUCCCGUCGGGCACUCUGGACAAGUUCGUUUUGGUCUUCUCGCGCACGUUGGACGGCUGGGAGAUAGCUCGCCUCGGCAACAUUUUCCUCUCGUUCAUGACGCAGUUCCCCUCCUUCGAGGUCCGCGCCAUCACGUUCGUCGAUGUGCCAGCGGCAUUCUUUUCCACUACUGCUCCCCCUAUCCAUGCUCCUGAAGCUGGGCCUCUCCUAGCGCUCGAAUGGCUCGAUCUUGGCGGCUUUGCGUGGAACAAACGUGACACUGUUCUCAAGCUCUGGAGGCGGCACGGCAAGAGCAUUGAGAUUCUCUUGCUCUCGGCUGCAAACAACGUGUUCAAGAAGGACGGGACGGAGCGCGACCGGCGGCGUCUCGAGGCGCUUGUGGAAGAGCUCGUGCGCGAGAAAGACAAGAUUCGUCCGACGAACACCCUUCAAGACCUGAUGAAAGAUCGACAGGGUUUUCUUCCCCUGCAGACUGUUUUACCAGGCAUGUCGCAGGAAGAUUUUCCGCCUAUCGGAGGUGUACGCUGGGUCGAGGUUCCGCCCCAGGCGGGAUGGCAAACGAUGACCAAGACUGUGCGUGAAUACGACGAAGACAAGGUUAAGGACUGCAAAGAAGACAUUAGCACCCUGCUAUUAUUCAUGAGUUUAAUCACGUCAAGCCCAUAGAGCGCUCUCAUGUAUACGUCUGGCGGCAGGCUGAUCUGUACUCGGCUGUCCCAUCGGCCUGUUGCCCGAUUCGAAUGACCAGAUAACCUUCCUACUCGAGCGCGUCGCUGUGUAGACUCAAAACUACACCAUCACGUCUGGAACUCUUAACUCCAUCGUUCAAUCAUCCCCCCUCCCUUCACAACUCCGCUAUGGGCUGUUCGCGUCAAUGCUCUCCGUUUUGCGGCCUGAGCCUCAUAGUCAGCAUUGCGACUGCGCCGUUCAGCGUGCUCGUCAAGCAAUGGCUUCAGGAGCACCUCGCGGUCGAGUAUCCUGCGCCGCAGGAGCGCCUGCGUGCGCGCCAAUAUCGGAAGCCGGGACUCGAGAAGUGGAAGGCGUUCGAGAUCGCGGCCAUACUUCCUAUGCUGCUUCAACUCUCGCUGAGCCUGUUCUUCAUCGGUCUAGGCAUCUUCACGGUGAAUGUUGACGAGCGGAUGGGCCUCAUCUUCAUACCCCUCGUCUGCGGCUGGGUUAUCUUGUUCAUUGCUGUUAUGCUCGCACUACUUGGCUCGCCACGAUGCACGUACAAGAUACCGCCACUGAAGUUCGUAAUGCGAGCCGCGAGGACACGGGUAACGAUGAAGAUGCGCCGCUCUUUGAUAUCGAUCUAUACGAGGAUGAUUACCACACGCAGGGUAACGAUGAAGAUGCGCCGCUCUUUGAUAUCGAUCUAUACGAGGAUGAUUACCACACGCAGGGUGGCGGGGAGACGAUAGGUCUCUCCAGCCUGAAAGCACCUCUCUCCUCUUGGCCCUCCAGAACGACCCCGACAUCGUCCUCCUCCCAUGCAUAAUGCAGCUCCCCUCAUCUGAGAUCCCCACCACCGCGCUCGGCCCGCCGCCGCCGUUUUGCGCUGCUUCUCCGCCCUGCCAAAGCUGCGGCAGCUGAGCAUAAUGAACAACGAGGCCACGUUCUGUCAUGCUCUUCGCGACCCCCAAUGACCCGACGGUGUUUUCAGCACUCAAAUAGCUCAGUCUCGGCGGCUUUGCGUGAAACAAAUGCCACGCUGUACACCGGACGCAGUGGGCGCGUUCGCACUCCCUUACGCUACGGCUUAAACAGGUCCUCGAGUUUUGGAAGCAGCACGGCGAGGACGUUAAACGUUCUCGCUUUCGGCAGCAAACAGCAUGUUCGAGGGACGGGAUCGAGCGUAAUCGGCGGCGUCCAGAGGGGCUUAUGGAGGAGCUCGCAUGCGAGGAAGACGAGAAAGUCGAGUGCGGCUCGUGUGCGGAGGGCGAGAAGGAGGGCGAGGAUGUGGCCGCUGAUGCAGACGGAGACGAAUCAACGGUGCAGGAGGAGGAAGAGAUGUAAACUAUCUCUGGGGAUGGGCGCUCUUUCCUCGGUCGGCUCGAUUACCGCGAUACUCACGACCGGCAGUCAAAGUCUGCUAGUGACGAUUGUCGUCCUCUCCCCGCAAAUGAAGGACUACCGGGCCAGGCGACCACAGACGCCCGCCUUCGCCCGCAGCAAGUAACGGUGGGGACAAUCGAUUGAGUGCAAGACUGCCACCGCACGCCGAUGCAAGGCGAGGCCCGACGGACUGCGACAAACUCUAGUGUAACCGGCGACCGCCUUCCAAGACUCGACGAAAGAUCAACAGGGCUUUCUCCCCAUCCAGAUUGGUCCCGACCGUUGCCUGUGGACGAGCGUUGUGGGACUGCCCCUUCACGAGCUGACGAAUGUUGCCAUCUGGGCGAUUACUCGAACAAGGCCCCAACAUCUUUCUCCGUUACUGUGGCUUCUCGCCCUGAGACGCUCCAAAAUAUAUGUCGUUCGUUCCAUACGUACAGCAACGUACGGGACGCCCCCAACGUAUGGCAGCUCGGAACUACUACGGACCUAAAUCAUUCCCCGCCGCCACAAUCUCAGCAGAAAAGUACGCCAAUAUAUGCUUAUGUGCGGAUCGUCGCAUUCGAAGGUGUUCUUCGCGUGGCUCCUUAGUUCGCGACUGUUGGGCAAAGCCUGAGUCAAGUUCUGGGUCGGAGGACAACCAUGCGGUGCGGCCGUUCUUGCAUUAACUCGUACACACCUGCACGGAUGAGACUGUGGAGCUCAAGAUCUGGCAAAUUUUGGGAUUCGGACUAUCGUGAUCUUUGAGGCUUGGUUUUCGUCUGAGAUUC